GCAAUACGAUGCUGGGUGAUGUAGAGUUUGAAGUAAGACCGACUGUUUUACCGGGAGGGUUGCGCGCACCAGAACCAGGAGAUGUGGUGGAGUUUGUGGUGGAGGGGGAGCGGUUACUCGCGCAUCGCUCUACCCUCGCGCAGCACUGCACUUUCUUCUCUAAUAUGUUCAGGCCAGUGUUUCGAGAAAGCAUUGCAAAAGUUAUUGAAUUAAAGAAUGUUAGUCUCCCCGCUAUGAGACUGUUUCUAAAACUUGUUCAUCUCACUGAGGACCCACUAAAUAACCUCGAUGUAACUGUUAUGAAGGAUGAAGGUUUAACCACACUGAUGGAGCUAUUCAAGCUAGUUGACAUGUUCCAACACACCCCCCUCAUCUGCUCCCUAUCUCAGUUCAUUGGGAUAAGUACGAACACAGAGAACUGCUGCCAAGUGUUAGGGUUCGCAGCAAGGUACGGGUUCCAGGGGGCUGUGCUACAGGACUCGGCUGCGUGUGCGCUGCGCGUCGCUGCCGCUAACUUUGCUCUUGUCACACAGUCAGCACCCUAUUUGGAACUGGAACUACCACUAGCGCUCGAACUGCUGUCUCGUGACGAUAUUGAGAUAAACUCCGAGCUAGAAACGCUUCACGCCGCUAUCAGAUGGUUCAGACACAAUCACAUACCUGACAUAUUUGCUGCUGUUCGGUUGUACCUGAUACCAGCGACAGCCCUGCUGAAGUACAAGAAAGACGGAGCACUGUGGAAUGCCCUGCAGUGCGCGGCUCCCCCUAAUGCCCUGCAGUGCGCGGCUCCCCCCAGUGACAUUCCCAGUGCACGACAGCGCGACGUGCUGAAGUGUCUGUAUGUGAUUGGUGGACUAGAUCAAAGUGCAGUUGAGAUCUACAAUAUAAAGAAGAAAGACUGGUAUCUAGGAACGAGUUUACCAGAGGCAAGGCACGCAGCUUGUACUGCUACACUCAACUGUACUGUCUACAUUAUGGGCGGAUAUGUUAGGGGCGAGCAUACGAACUCAGUGUUGGCGUAUCGGUUGAGGGAGAACAAGUGGGUUAAGAAGUGUGGCAUGUCCCUUGCUCGAUCAGGAGCAGGGGCAGCAGUGCUACACGGUAAAAUAUACGUUUGUGGGGGGAGGAACGCCAGCAUGGUAUUCAACAGUUGUGAAGUCUACGACCCUUCCUUAAACACGUGGAGUUUUACGUCAGACAUGAACACUCCCAGAACAUACCACGGCUUAUCAGCUACAUCAAACGCUCUUUACUGUAUAGGAGGAACGUCAGCGAUUAGUGGGAUUAUAGAAAACUCUCAGCUAAAAACAGUGGAAAGAUACUGCCCGGUUUUAAGAACGUGGUCUCCCAUUUCUCCAUUGGGAGUGCCGGUUAUGGCACCGGGGUGUUGUGCGGUGGACGAUACAAUCUACUUAUUCGGGGGUAGAAACCUGUCGCACACCGUUAUUUCCUACUCACAUCAUGCUGCUACCUAUACACUUGAACGACCCAUGACGGUGCCUAGGGGGCAGGGUGUAAAGACGGUUUGUGUUGGUCACAUGAUAUACUGUAUUGGUGGAUGUCCUGGCUUUGGGACCCUUCGCAGCAUGGAGAGGUUUGACACUAUAACGAAGACUUGGUCAGCAUUACCCUCUAAGAGUUUCCCACAAGGUUCAACUUGUUUCACGGUCAUGUGAACUGUUCUCUAGUCGACCGUUCGGCUAUUAUACUUUUCACAUGGCACGUGCGUAACAUCGUAACUGAGAUAACAUGUUAUUUUAAAGAUACCGGACAUUAUUAUAAUAUAAUACCUGAGAAGAGAUGCAGAAUUUUUAAAUUUCAAGCCAUAGUCAACACGUAGGUGUUUUUAACUAAUAUAGUGCGUGGUUGGAUGACAAUAACAGGUUUAGGAUUUAACUUACAUGAUCUUUACUUUGGCAAACCACUAUUAAUAAAUGUGGAGUUAGAUAUACAAAUAUAAGCGGUGAAAUUAUUUUUUACAUUAUAUUUGCAACGAAAAUGACACAAUUUCGAUUAAACAUUUGUAAAAAAGGAUAGUGUAUAACGAAUAGUAUGUGUAUUUAAGACUUAAUUAUAAAUCUUUGUUCAUGUCUAUGUUCUUCUGUAAAACAAUUAAUAAUUAACUUAUAAUUUUAUGUUAUAACUAUUUAAACAAUAUUAUAUUUAAUUCCUGAUAUACAAGUACUGUUCGAAAAACAAAAGCGUGACAUAAACUUCACACGUUGUUCAAAGGAUAGGAUUUCAUAGAUGAGAAUUGGUGAUAUGUACUUAUAACGACAUUGCAAGCUAACUGCAGUAACCCUACUGAUUUGGAGGAAGUUUGUAACCCAAAUGCACCCUUUUUUACAGAUGUUCGGGAUUACAACUCCCCCUGUUUUUAUCAUUACAUUCUGGUGACAUGAGAACACGUUCACGAAGCCUUUUUGUAGAGACGUUUCUUUAAUGAUUCUUAUUAAUAUAUACUUUUUAAUUUUAACUUUCGUCGGUUGAUAGCAAGGGGCUGUUGUUUAAACUUUAGUAAUGUUUGUUUUCAUAAUAUUUACAUGUGUAUUAACAAUUCUUCAGAUACUUUACAAUUUGUUUUCUUCAAACAAUAA